AUGCGGGAAAGGAACUUCAUGCAUCUACGUGGGCUCCGAAAAAAGCAGAUCAAAAACCAGGGCAAUGAUUUUCUUGUGAGAAAACACUUCCACCUAAGAUCCGAUCCCUCCAUGAUGAUAGCUACACCACCAGUGGUCACUAAGAUCGUUAACAAAAAUGGUAAAAGCGAAUCAGAUCAUCCAAAGCCGCGGAAACUCAAAUCGUGUACCAGAUGUCGAAAACAUAAAAUCAAGUGUGACUUCCAGGAGAGGAAACCGAAUGCCUGCUCUAUGUGCUCUAGGAAAAAUGUGCAGUGUGAAUUAGAGAUUAUCAUACCCAUGAAAAGGAGCAAUCUGAUAAAGAAUCUGAACAAGGAAGUUGGUGAACUGAAAGCUCAGAUCAAUAGUUUGGUCGCUCUCAACGUUGACCAUAAGUAUAAACUCCCUAACGGAACCUCUUCCAUGAACUAUUACCAGCUGGUAGAGAUGCUUGGCUGGUUUCGGAAAAGUUUCUAUUAUUUCAUGGUUCCCCUCCAUUUGUUUGGUGUGUCUCUAACUGAUAACGUAUACAAUGAAGACUAUUUGUUAUUUCUAACCAUAUAUGUUUUAAGCGGAGACCUACGAGCUCAGUGUGCCAUAAGGGAAGCUCUCCGAGAUAAGAGUCGGCGUUGUGUUUAUACGCACAUAAAAGCGCAAGAUAAUAUACCGCUAGUGGUUUGCUUAUUGCUGUCAUUGGUAGAUCUCAAAUGGUUGGACAGGAUCAACGAAACAGACAACACCAGCAAUAGUAAUCUUGUGGGUUAUUUCAAAGCGUUUUUUUUUAACCUUCGUUUCAGGUCUAGUAUGAACCCACUGGACACUCAACUGGAAUACUCUUCUAACGACGAUCCAGUGUUUCAGUUUCACCUACGCUAUUACCAUCUAACAUCCAAAAUGCAAGACUCUAAAUCUAGCUUGGUGUUUGAAUAUGCGCUAGACGAUCUUCAAUCUUCCAGUUUGCUGAAUCUGAUGGAUAAUGGCAUUGAAAAGACGAGUCACUAUAUCAUUCUUCUGACAGACUACCUCAAGGCGGCUCUAUUGUCAAAUCGCAAAGAAACGUCCCUAUCCUACGAUCAUAUGAAGCUGUUUGUACAUCUACUCAUUGAUCUAAUGGAGAAACUUUGUUCUGUUUGGAAACUACUGGGAAUUCCAGAUACAUACCCUGAUCCAUUUCUCCUUAAACCGUGGCUGCUUGUCGAAUACAGCAAACUGGUUUGCUCACUAUUCGUGAAGUACUGUCAUCACCCGUUAUUCAUCAGUGUUCAGAAACAGCUUAAGCUGGAAUUAUCUUUAUUAUUUUUCCAGAAUGCCGAACUGCUACGAUUAGUUGAUGACUCCAAAUAUACCCACAAACUAAGCAAAUAUGUCCAUUAUUGGAAUUCCAACCUGUCCGCAAUCUUAGGUCAACUUUUUUUUGACUUCUCUAGUUUCUCAAGGUGGUUUUAUGCCACAGAGACCGAAUUUGAUCCUUUCAACAUUAUUGAUAGCCAAUGCUUUGCGUUAGAUGAAGCUAUUCACAGUAAUUUCAAGUAUUCGACGGCUGCUGAGUUGGAUGUGAAGCUGAAACAGCUACAAGUUUCUAAGGCUGAACUUGAGGAGAUAUCCCGCGGUUUUACGUUGACUCUUGCUAAAAGCCCCAUUGCUUCACCUCAACUUCAAGUUAAUGAAACUAUUGCUGGCUCUUUUAGUACAUUUAUGAACUUGACCGAUGAACAAGUCAAGUACAUUGAUCCCCUGCAUAUGUCUCACUUAGCCUUAGAUCCAUUCACUAAAACGGCCCAGUUGAGUAGGGUAUAA